UCUCUGUGCCUUUCAGCUGCCUGCCCUGCGCCCUUCCUGCCUGCGCAGAGGAGAGCAGCUCUGGGAGGAAGAGGAGCCCAGGACUGACCCCAGAUGCCUGCGACCCCGGAGCAGCCGAUUGGGCAUGCGGAGGACCCCCCAGCGUCGGAAGCGGGCCCGUGGCCCCCGCUGCCCUGCGGGCCCUGCGUCCCCAUCAUGCUGGGCCUGGCCUCGCUGGCCGCGCUCUUCUUGGUGACCACAGCCGUGCUGGCGGAGCGCCUGUUCCGCCGCGCGCUCCGCCCGGACCCCGGCCGCGGCGCGCCCACGCUGGUCUGGCGGCCCGGAGGGGAGCUGUGGAUCGAGCCCAUGGGCACCCCGCGGGAGCGCUCCGAGGACUGGUACAGCGCCGCCGUGCCCCUGCUGACCGACCGGGCCCUGGACGCCCCCACCCCCGGCGGCACGCUGGAGGACCGAGCCACCGCCCCGCCGGCUCCCUCUGCCCCACACUCCGCUCCCAGCUCCCUGGGCCCCCAGACCCCUCCGGAGGUCCCAGCACGUAGCACCUUCUGGGGGCCCCAGCCCUGGGAAGGGAGGCCCCCAGCCGCGGGCCUGGUGAGCUGGGCGGAGCCCGAGCAGAGGCCAGAGCCCUGCGUGCAGUUUGGGAGCCCCCCGCCCCGGAGGCUACGGCCUGGGAGCCCUGAGCCCGACUGGGGCCUCCAGCCUCGGGUCACCCUGGAGCAGAUCUCAGCUUUCUGGAAGCGUGAAGGCCGCACCAGCGUGGGGUUCUGAAUCCCAAGGGCCUGGAAGACUGGCCUCCCAGAGACCCCUGAGGAAGGACCUCCCGCAGAGGGACUGUGAGACCCACGGCUCCAGCAUCUGGGCCUAUGCUGAGGCUGCCCCGGGGAAGACGGCCUUCUUUUAAGUCUGGGUUUCAAUUCCCCCGAGUGCGAUCGGAGCCAUGCGCAGGCUGAGUAUGCGCAGAAGGCCGAGUAUGCACAGAGCCCCACUGCAGGGCGCUCAACCUGCCUCUGCUCAGCUGCCAGGCUGGAGCUCAGAGAACUGGAGGCUGGGCUGACUCUGGGCCAGAAGCCUCCAAGAUCGCAUCCGGAUUAAGAACUGAAGGUACCAGACAAGCAGGAAACAGCAUCAACCCAGCCACUUCCGCCUUCCUACAGUGUUUACCUAAGAUGCCAAGAUCAGUCUUGCAAACACCUUGGUGUGGUGAUGACAAGUGUCAGUCUGUGUUAGCAGGAGAUGGCAGGACUUCAGCUUCCCAGAGCCACAGUUCCUAUCCCUCCUCAGCCACUCACACCCCCACCCUCAGGUCCUCCAGGAAAAUACACAAAGAGAAGACAAUCAGGCAAAGGAGCGUUUUAUUACAAACGAACUGUGGCCUUGACCCCCAAGUGGCAACCAGGAACUUGCUGAGCCAAGCCGGUGCAGCCCUCUCUUGCCUGGACUUGGGACCUAGGGUCAGAGAAGAUCCACAGGCUCCUCUGCCCAUCCUCUUGUUAAUGGAAAAAAAAGCCAAACUCUGUAAAGUAAUUUUAAAG